GGACAGAGUGGGAAAAGGAGCAAGCAGAGUUAGAAGCCGGACAAAAGAACUUAUAGACCCCUUAUAUACAUAUUUUCCUAAUGUUUUAGAGAGCGUGGUGUGGUGAAAAACAAUUGCGGUGAGUGCGGAUGGACUUGUCAGUGUAGUUAUGGAACCCCCUUUAAGCAAGAGGAAUCCGGCGAUAAGAUUAGCGGAUUUGGCAGCGACUCAACCCCUUCCUCAUCAGAAUAUGACAGGCUUCCCGGGGCUAGGGGGGCAUCACCCUCUCUCCCACCAUGCCCACCUCCACCCUGGGGAGCUGGGCAACGACCCCGGAGUGGCACUCACUCCAUUUGGACCAGAGCACAUGGCACAGACAAAUGCUCUCAAACUUAGCCCAUCUCAGCACAUUCAGAGCCAUCACGAAGCCCAGACCGCGGCAUCUUUCACUUCUGCUCAGACCACAGUUGGUUUCCCCGUGGCUCACCCCCACUCAGGCUACUCAAGCAGCAGGGACUUCAUCCUCAGGAGAGAACUCUCAGCCUCUGCUAUGCAUGCACUUGGCGACCAGCAUAGUUCCGCCUCCUCCCCUCAUCACCAUGGCAUGUUCAUCUCCCCAACAGGUGCUUAUGGGCACACGGAAAGUGGGGCCCAUUCACUUUUCACUGGACUUCACGACCAGGCGUCCCCAGGUGCCCAUCACCAUGCCCUCAAUGGGCAGAUGCGCCUGGGUAUACCGGGGGACAUCUACGGCAGGCCAGAGCACUUCGGGCACAGGCCGGAGCACUAUGGACCCUCUUCUCUCCACAGCUACAACUCCAUGAACCUCAAUGUGAACAUCGCUUCUGCUCCUCACGGAGCGGCGGGGGCGUUUUUAAGAUACAUGCGGCAGCCCAUAAAGCAAGAGCUAAUCUGCAAAUGGAUUGACCAGGAGCAAAGUCAAAAAAAGCCCUGCUCUAAAACUUACAGCACCAUGCACGAACUGGUCAACCACGUCACGGUGGAGCAUGUCGGGGGACCGGAGCAGAGCUCCCACGUCUGUUUUUGGGAGGAAUGUCCACGGGAAGGAAAGGCUUUCAAAGCGAAGUACAAACUGAUAAAUCACAUCCGAGUUCAUACGGGAGAAAAGCCCUUCCCGUGUCCGUUCCCGGGCUGUGGAAAAGUGUUCGCUCGAUCGGAGAAUUUAAAGAUUCACAAGAGGACUCACACAGGAGAGAAACCCUUCAAGUGCGAGUUCGACGGCUGUGACCGAAAAUUCGCCAACAGCAGCGACCGGAAGAAGCACUCCCACGUCCACACCAGCGACAAGCCUUACUACUGCAAAGUGCGCGGCUGUGACAAAUCCUACACGCACCCGAGCUCGCUGCGGAAGCACAUGAAAGUGCACUGCAAGUCCCCGCCGCCCCCUUCCACCAACGUCACCUACAUAUCCUCCACGAACCCACUCGGGGACCCUCUGUCUCCCAACUCGGAGCCGCACAGGAACCGCUCCGCGAACCUCUCCCCUCAGGUCACCAACCUCAACGAGUGGUACGUGUGCCAGGGGAGCGGGGGACCCAACCACCUCCACACCCCCUCCAGCGAUGUGCCAACGUCGGAUUCAGACGACGAGGACUCUUUCAGAAAUUCAGACCCGAGGACGAUGCUCUGAUGCCCCUGUUUACAACCACGUGACUGUCAAACUUGUCAUCCAGUUGACCCGUUCAAGUGUGUAGAUCCGUGCGCCUGGGAUAUUGAUGAGUUCUUUUACACUGUAGUGUUGUUAAACGCAGAUAAUUCUCUUGUAUCGUGGAUGCAAAUCAGGCCUAACAAAAUGAGGAGGAAUUUCCCAGAGGUGACCCCGUGACCUUUCUUAAAAUGUACACCAAAACUAUCAAAAUAAAACAUUUGGCUCUGACAUUCAAAUUUAAACUUGAAUAUCCUCGCCUCUUAUAUGAAAAGCACCAACAAUUUUAAGGCUAAUUUCUGAAUAAAACUCCAAAUUUAUUUUCUACAAGAGCAAAUAUGCAGGCUUUAAUUAACCGCAUGGCUCAAGACUCAACUGGUGUUCUGAAAUGACAUCUUUCAUGUGACCUCCAAUCAUCCCCCCUUUGCAGUUUAAUAACUCGCCUGCCAUCAAUCACUGUCAUCCUCCAGACAUUUAAGGAAAACAAAUGGUACAGCUUCUGACCCCACCAGUGGCAACAAAUGUUAAUCUAGAAGAUGAUUUUUUUUUUUUUUUCAUGUGAUUUCUUUAACAUGUGGUACAAACUUUGAUAAACCAAUAAGGAGAUUUAAAAAAAAAAAAAAAAGAAACAAAAAAAAAGAGGAGGCAAACAUGUGAGUGUCUUAAGGGUUCUCAUUUACCUUUUCAGAUUUAUACAAUACAUGUGUUUGGAUGGAAUUUUGUAAUAUUUAAGAACUAUUUAAGACUAUAUUUUAUGCAAAAGUACACAAGUGUUAUGCUCGUUUAAAGAGUACGAGUACGUCCCUUGAGACCCUAAAUGUCUACACUGACAGGCUUUGACCCUGUAGGAUUUGUAUAUAUGUAAUUGUACUGAUGCUUGUGAAUGUUGUGUAGUUUUUAAUUACAUUUGUUUUUUUCUUUUUUCGUCUUUUUUUGUACAUUGUAAUUUAUUUGCUGGUAUCAAUGUUGUACUGGAAUUACAGGAACACCAAAGAAUAAUAAUAUCAGUUUUGGUGAUGCAUAGUACCCUGCUGAUGUUUUGGUUUUUGUUUUUUUGUUUUGUUUUUUUUAAUUUUAUGUUAAUUUUCUGUUUCCCCCAUUUUUUUAAUUUUUUUAAAUUGUGUUCUGUAAAAGAAGAAACAUUUACUUGAAUAGGCUGUGUAAUGUGAAACGUCCCUUUCUCGCAUGCCUUUUUGUAGUGAUCUGUCUUUCUCUUUGAGGUGCAUGGUGCCGUUGGACAUGAUGGAUAACAAAAAAAAAGAAGAAAAAAAAAAGAGAUGAAUCAGCUAUGAUUGUGCAGACCCUUGAUGUUCAAAAUUAAAUUUACAAUAUAAAUUUCAUGCUAAAACUUAAUAAAAAAAA